AUCCAAGCUGCCCCAGAUGCUGCUGGAGAAUCUGAAGGGGACAUCAGCAGAGCCCCAGUCCCUCCUCUACGAUGUGGCUUCUCGUCUUUUCCUUCCUGCUGAUUUCUGCAGCCCAGGACAACAGCGGCAAGGUGAUGAAGGGCGAGGUGUGCGUGCCCCACUCCCAGCCUUGGCAAGUGGCCCUCUUCGAUCGCAGCCGCUUUAACUGCGGGGCUUCCCUCGUCUCCCCAUACUGGGUGCUGUCUGCAGCUCACUGCCAAACCCGCCACAUGAGAGUCCGCCUGGGCGAGCACAACCUGCGCAAGCACGACGGCACCGAACAGCUGCGGGCUGUGAGCCGCAUCAUCCCGCACCCCGGCUACGUGGCGCGCACCCACCGCGACGACCUCAUGCUGGUGCGCCUAGCCCGGCCCGCGCGCCUCUCCCCGCAAGUGCGCCCCGUGUCACUGCCCACGCGUUGCCCCCAAGCCGGCGAGCCCUGCGUGGUGUCCGGCUGGGGCCUGGUGUCCGCCUACGAGACUGAGACCACGGGGAGCCAAAAGUCACCAGUGGAUCUCCCAGACACCUUGCACUGUGCCAACAUCAGCAUCAUCUCCGACUCGUCCUGUAGCAAGGACUACCCAGGGCACCUGAUGAGCACCAUGGUGUGUGCAGGGGUGGAAGGCGGAGGCACCGACUCCUGUGAGGGUGACUCCGGGGGACCCCUGGUCUGUGGGGGCAUCCUGCAGGGCAUUGUCUCCUGGGGGGACGUCCCCUGCGACACCACCACCAAGCCUGGGGUCUACACCAAAGUGUGCAAAUACUUGGACUGGAUCCGGGACACCAUGAGGAGGAACUGACUGUUUUGGACCUACCCACCCACCCCGACCCCCACCCCUCGUGUCUCUGACUGAGCACACACUCCCAUGGCCGCUCAUCCUGACCUGGGACAGAAUCAGCCACCACCCGCCCCCCCCACCCCCUCCAAAAAACCCCAUUUGUCCAAGGCCCCGUGUUAGCCAAGGGCUUGU